AUGACGAAUGAUCUGAAAGUUCUCUUUUCUUUCCUCCUCUUCGUUAUUGCAGUGAGCGCCACUCCAAGAGGUCCCAAGCUUCCAUUCAAGCUCCCUUUCCAUACAGAUGGCAGUCCACAUAUCCGGUCUGCGCAUGGCGACAUAGUCCGGCUAGUUGGAACAAACUGGCCAGGACACCAAGAGGCCAUGAUUCCAGAAGGUCUUCAAUAUUCAUCCAUUAAAGACAUCGUUAGCAAGAUCCGAGGUUUGGAACUCAAUGUCGUUCGCCUAACAUACGCUACGGAAAUGGUAGACGACAUUUUUGAUAACGGAGGAGAUGUCACGCUAAAAGACACACUCAAUAAUGCUCUGGGAACCGCAAACGGGACCAUUAUCCUGAACCAGAUUCUGAAGAAAAAUCCCCAGUUCUCUCCAAAGACAAAACGACUUGAUGUCUUUGAUGCAGUUGCAAACGAAUUAGCCAGCCAGGGGAUUUAUGUCCACCUUGACAACCAUGUGUCCAAGGCGAUUUGGUGCUGUGGCGGUUCUGAUGGAAAUGCUUGGUUUGGUGACACACAUUUUGAUGUAUCAAAAUGGAUUCGUGGAUGGAAAUACAUAGCAAGACAUGGAGCAAAGCACUGGCCAUCAUUAUCAUCAAUCAGCUUUCGCAAUGAGCUACGCAAGCCAGAUGUUGACCGCGGCGACCCAUACGACUGGUACACCUGGUACACGCACAUGACUGAAGCAGCAGCUGCCGUCCAUUCCGCCGCUCCAAACGUCCUUCUGGUAUUCUCUGGCCUAGACUACGACACCAAAAUCAGUCCCAUAAUCAAGGGAUUGCCCCUGACUGGAACAUCCGGGACUUCCAGUGCGGGCAAGAGCGUUGUUUUCCAGCCCUCCACCCUCCCCUACGCCAAUCGCAUCGUAUUGGAACUACAUAAAUACGACUUUGAAAACACCCACGCUUCAUGUGAAGAUUUUGGAAACUCUCUAUAUAACGCUGGCUACAGCUCCUUGAACACCACCGACCCGGCUACAAAGUACAGUUUCCCCGUGCUGCUUACCGAAUGGGGCUUCAUCCAGAAUGGAACAUACUGGCGUGACACCACGUACAACAAGUGUCUGAUUGCAUUCAUGGAAAAGUGGAAACCGUCCGGUUGGAUGCAGUGGGAGUUGGCGGGCAGCUUUUACGUGCAGACGCGGGCAACUACUGUGCAGGAUGCCGAUGAGACGUGGGGCUUGUUGACGCAUGAUUGGAGUGCGAUUCGGAGCCAGGUUACUGUUGAUGAGAGCCUAAGCAAGAUGGUUGACGCGACUUUGCGUUAA